GGGAUCUGGUCUGUUGGACUUCCACAAAGCACAUCUCAGUCAAAGACGGAGAACUCUGAGAGAAUCAGAGCCAUGUUCCGACUGAAGGUCCACGCCGGGCGCGCACAGGACAUGCUGACGGGAGGGGCGUUCGUGCUGCUGCUAGGUGCCAUGCUGCUGGUGAUCUACCUCUGGACCGCCAGUAUUCCCGUCAGGAAGUACGCCUCCGACACGUUCGAUCACUAUAACUUUGACGAUGACGUCUUGAAGGACGCGUACGCUGACCUUGUGGGGAACUUGGAUGCAGAAGGAGGAGGAGACGGGGUCAUAGAUCAAGGUCAAGGCUGUCGCCUAGCGCCUGUCGGAGUGGACGACACACUGCAGAAGAUUCCCGCCGAACAGCUGACGGCGUCCUCCGCCAACCAGGAAGCAGAGGCGAGCCGAGGCAGGCUCAACUACAAGGCUGUGUCCGGGGGAGAAGGCGCCUGGGUGCCGGAACGGCAGGACAGGGAGCAGUGGAUACAGGUUGACCUUGGGCGUGACCUUGUGGUAGGCGGGGUGGUGACCCAGGGGUCAGAUGACGAGGCUAACCCGGGGUUCGUGACGUCAUACAAGCUGUCCUACAGCCUGACGGGAGAUUACUGGAUAACUUAUUCCAACGUCACUGCGCCGGAAAUGUUGUUCUCCGGCAACUCUAACGGUCGUGAUCCGGACGUAUUUACAGUGAAACAGUUGAAGUCAGGCGCAGUGAUUCUCCAUGUUGUCUGUUCUGUGUACAUGUUCCUGGGAACCGCCAUCGUGUGUGAGGACUACUUCAUGCCAUCACUUCUCAUCAUAGCUAACUACCUGCACCUGAAGCCCAGUGUGACGGGAGCGACCCUGAUCGCGCUGGGCAUGAGCAUGCCGGAACUCGUGUCUUCUGCUGUAGGAGUGUUUGUGAGUAAGAAUGACAUCGGAGUGGGUGUGAUGGCCGGCACUGCUGUAGCGAACUACACUCUCAUCAUCGGCUGCUGCUGCCUAAUGAUGCGGAAGGACCAGCAGGUGCACCUGAAACCCUGGCCGCUGACCAGAGAUACGGUUUGGUACAUCUUCUCUCUCGGAGUUCUCAUCAUCAUCAUCUUCAACGGCAAAAUAGACUGGUAA